AAGGAUGGUGGCAGGAGUGGGUGGGGGGUGGAUGGGUGGCGGGGGCUGUUGGGUCCACCGCCUCUCCCAGUUACCACUACUAGUUCUCAGUGUCUCCCUCGCUACUUGUAAACCGCCCUGCCACACGAACUUUCUUUUGCGCUGCAUGUCCGCUCCUGAAGUAAACCCAAACGGUCUCCAUCACGGCAGGAGAGAAGGAGAGAAAGCGAAGGAGAGACAGAACUGUUAAGUGUCAAGCCGAGGGAUCUGCAGACCGUCAUGGCACCUAAAAGAGUUGGCAUCGUAGGUUACGGCCACCUAGGUAAGUUCCUAACCAAAGCAGUCCAGGAAAGACCAGAUCUGGAGUUGGCCUUCGUGUGGAACAGGACGACCUCGGUGUUACACGGUGAAGUGGAGGGCAGGUACAUCUGUGAAAACUUGGAAAACUGUAGUCAAUUUUCUCCAGACUUGAUUGUGGAAGUAUCACACCCAAUUAUAUCAGAAAAGUAUGGACCAAUGUUCUUGAAUACUGCAGACUAUUUAGUCGGGUCACCCACAGCUCUAGCUUCACAACCCGUUGAAGAUGCACUGCGGGCUGCGGCAACCUCCCAUGGGCUCUAUGUUCCAGCUGGAGCUUUUUGGGGUGCAGAAGAUAUACUCAAGAUGGCUGAUAGAGGGACACUGAAGGGACUAAAAGUUACCAUGAAGAAGCAUCCAAGUUGCUUCAAGUUUGAAGGGGAACUCAAAGCAAAAAAUGAGCAAAUUUGUGGCUCUGAAGCAGUAACUCUCUAUGAUGGACCUGUACGAGGCCUUUGUCCCCUUGCACCCAAUAAUGUUAACACUAUGGCAGCUGCGGCAAUGGCAGGACAUAAUCUGGGCUUUGAUGUUGUGCAAGGUUGUCUAGUAUCUGAUCCAAAGCUCACAGACUGGCACAUAGUAGAAGUCGAAGUUACAGGACCACAAAUAGCAGGAAGGAAUUUCACUGUGAAAACCACCCGUAAUAACCCAGCUGACCCGGGAGCUGUUACUGGUAGUGCAACUUACGGCUCCUUCCUCUCUUCUGUGGUGCGGGCUGGUGGUCGAGGACCCGGGGUUCACCUCUGUUAAUUUGGAAAAAAUUACAGCCAAGCCCUUGCUAAAAGUAUUUUUUGUUUCUCAUUGUUAUGGUGUUUGAAUUACAGUGAUUGAAUGUUG